AAAUUUUCAAAACGCACUCUUACCACUAGCGUAUCAACAAACUCCCAAUUCAGAUCUGUUUCUAUUCUCUUCUAAGCAUUGUGCAAAUAUUACCUCUGUAGAGACUUGUCAAAAGAGAUAUGCCCAAGCUGUCUACUGCAGAGAAAGAGGAGCAAGCACGUCUGAGCGAAGAAAUUGAGCAUUUCACGCAACAAGCAGAUGAUCUUCUUGGCGAGGUGGUAAGUAAGCGAAAAGACUAUCCAUUUGCUAUCGUCAAAUUGAAAGAAAACAGAAUUCGUGAAAAGUUUGCACAUCUGCUUGAAUCGCCGCUACUAUCAGUCUCUUCUCCCGCUCAUAUAGAUGUCGAAGAACUGAAUAAGACGAUAGCAAUGAAAGUGGAUCAGACGAAAAUCCAUUCAGAAAAAGUUGAAGACAUCAGGAAAGAGAAUGAAAAGCUUGAUACUGAACUCGCGACAGUUCAAAGGCAAACAAAUAUGCUCCUCGCAAUGCUCGACAGCGGAAAGUACGCUCCAAUCGAUGCACUUCCAACAGAUCUCAGUCUGUGAUCCCUGAAAGUGCAAAUUUUUAUGCUAACUUGCAUGCCCUGAGCUGCAUUGCAUGUACAUUGAUCGAUCAGCUGUUUGUUUUCAAUAAGAUCUCGUCAGUUUUGAGCGAUUUUUGUAUAAUAUAUAACCUUACUUUGUUGUAUAAUAAAAUCGCUAU